AUGUUGGAAACUCAUCAACCCACACGAUUUGUUUCGAAGUUCGAGUCCAACAUCUCAUCCAUCUCGCAUAUUACUGGAAGCUUUGCGACGGCAGGCCGUUGCUGGGCUCCACCUUCACCACCCCACAUCCACAUACCUUCGAUCCCUGAUGAGGACGGUCCGUUGCACAUUGCUUCUUAUAACGGAUCGGCAGAAAGUGAAGAAGAGCGACAAGUAUUGGGUGAACUGCUGAAAGGGCCCUUCAGUGCUAUGCCAAACCGAGAUUGGAAAUACGAGGACCGCCGAAACGCCCAAAAGAUUCUUCCAUUCCUCUUCCUCGGCCCAUCUUCCGCCGCCCGAGAUAUCGAGUACGUCCGCGAGAACAAUAUCACACUAUUGCUUGCGAUACGAAAUACUGCGACCGCACAAGCGCGAUUAUUGAGUGGCGCCAAGACUGCGAACCAAUUGGGCAUUGCAUCAGAUCAUGUCGACGUGGAAGGAAACCAACAGCUGAUAGCAACAUUUCCCAAAGCAGUCAAACUCAUCAACAAUCAUCUUAUCCAUAUGAAUCGCCAACGCGAAAAUGAUCCAACUUGUAUGUUUGGGAAAGUGCUGGUCUUUUGUGAGUCUGGGAGCGAACGUUCAGCCGCAGUUGUGGCUGCAUACAUCAUGUCAAAUUUCAGCAUGAGCAUGAUCGAAACCACUCAAUUCUUACAAUCACAAAGAUUCUGUGUAUCUUUCGACGACGGGUUAAAAGCACUCCUCCAGAGUUAUGAAGAACUACUGAGCGCGAAAUCGUCAGUGGCUUUGGCUCGAGCAAGUACAACACUCCCACGCAAUACCCAAUCCGCGGUAGCCAAACGUCGAAGAGAUGACUAUGCAGACGAGGAUGAUAUGGAUAUCGACAUGGACGAUGAUGUUGCAAGAUUCGGCAACCGGUCUACCUUCGCUCCAUUUUCUGAUUAUUGA